CUACUAUCGGCGUCCGAUGUUAAUUUCAAACAGCCCCUUGCCCAGACCUUUCCCUCCUCUCCAUCGUAACAAUCAUCAUCAUCAUCAUCAUAAUUUCCCAUUUCUUCGUCGUCUUUAACGGUUCAAGGAUCUGUUUCUCACAGGCUUAUUCUGUUGGAUUUUAAGGAGCAGUGGCUGGGAACCAUGUCUCGUUUUCCUUCAAAUAUUGAUGCACAAUUGCUUCCUCAGCAAUACUUAUUACAACAUUCGCAGAGCACUAACUAUAAUCCACAUCCCAACCUCCACAUGGUUUCCUCCAAUCACCAAGGACAGCACGCCAUCUUCUCCGUUAGUAACCCUACUGCCACAAAUGCUAUCACUGCCAGUGCACAAAACAGUAAUAAUGUAAAUAUUACUAGUCCCCCUUCAUCAAACAUUCAGCAACAGCAGAAAGCAAACUUGAACCGAGUCAACCCAGCAGAACUGCGGAUGGCUGAGCAAGAUGCUUGGCGUGUCUGCCAUCCUGACUUCAAACGUCCUUUCAGUUCCCUUGAAGAUGCUUGUGAACGGUUGCUACCCUACCAUGUGGUAGCAGACUAUGAAGCAGAUGAAGAUGACAAGAUUCUGGAUUCUGAUAGUUCUGGCCAAAUGCUUUCUCGAUCACAGCAGUGGGAUCACAACAUUGCUGCUAAAGUGGCAGAGUUCACCGCCACGUUGGAGAAGCAAGUCCUUGCAUUCAAUAUAAUUUCUCGCAAGCGAGAUUUUGGGGAAUUGCGAUCGGAGGAGAAGUUGAUGAUUGAGCAGCUACUCUUGCAGGAGGAGAGGCGGGCUCUGCUUGAAAUGCGGGCAGAAAUGGACUCAAGGCAGAAAUCAGCAGGUCGAGAAACUCAGGAGUCUAACGUGCGAAUGGCAACCAUGGUUCAAGCUGAGCAAGCAGCUCGAGGAGUAGAUAUGCAUUCUCAUGCAGGGAUGCUGAUUCGAACCCCUAUCCGAGCAAGUGCUAUUGGAUCUCAAACGAACAACGUGCCUGCUGGUCAUGACCUGAGUCAGCAGGACCAGUUGACUACUACUGAGGACAUGAUUAAUGGAUGGGGUAACAACGGGGCAAAAGAUGAAAAGGAGCCAUCAGAUGAUUUCUUGAAUGAUGAGGAAACAGAAAAUGGAGACACAGCCACACAGAGCGAGUGGCGAGGUGGAGGUAACUUGGAUUUAAACUCAAGAUAGGCUUCAACUCUAGGCAUGCUAAUCAUAAAAGGUGAGGUAAAUGCAUUGCUUGUUAAACGGCUGUUCCUAUUAUGGCAAGAUGUUGGCUCAGAUGACUCUGUUUCUGAUCACAUUGCAUUGGUCUUCCGUCAUAUAUACUGCAGGAUGUUUAUCUGAUGGGGCUGUUGGUACUAGUUUAUGUUUCUGACAGAGUUUUGUUGUUUAUCUGCUGUAGUGGAAUGAACGCUUAGAUGUUUAGAUGUAGAUGGAGAUGUAUAUGUAUGCAUAUAGCCGGAGUUGAGCUCAUCGACAUUAUGCGUUUCUCCAUUAUUGCAUCUCUUCAAGUCGAACAAUCUUGGAAGACGUAGAAUUUGAUUUAGGAUAAUUCCAAAGAUGUUUUAUGGCAAUAUUGUUGUUCGAAAAUAUUUGCUAUUCCUGUCCUUCUGAAAUUUUUUUUUCAGGGGAGGGAUAUGUCAUGACCAGAUUUUUUAUUAGGACUUAGUUAGAAUUUGUUAAUUUUAUGAGGAUUAGCUGGCUAAAUUUUAAUCCUUCUCUUAGCUUUAAACAGGAAUUAGGCAAGGAAGAAUAGAG